AACACGGUUUGCUGAUAAAGAGACAAAGAAGGGGGGAAAGAAAGAAAGAAAGAGAGAGAGAAAGAAAGAAAGAAAGAAAGAAAGAGUGCAGAUUGUCUUGCUUUGAAUCUUUUUCCCUCACCUGUCUCUUUCUCCUCUCCGUCCUCCCUCCCUCUCUAUCGCUCUUUGUCUAAUCCCUCCCUCUCCACCUGCUCCUCUCCCUCUCUCUCCCUUUCUCCCGCCUUGUCUCCUCCCCUCACUCCGCCCCUCCUCGCAGCCAUUGGCCAUGCGUCCACCAAUCACGUCGGAACCGGGGCCUGAGGGACUGCAUAUGCAAAGCGCUGCUUAAUAUUCAUGAGCAGCUAUCGGGGCUUUAAGUCGUUGAUUAGGACAGCAGCACAUCUUUCCAUCCCAACUGCCCGGCUGGCUGGCUGUGUGUGUCUCUAUAGCCCCCUCUCCCUGGCUCUCACAUAGACACACCGCGCGCACUCAUAUCUACACACACACACACGCAGAGCCGAUCAGUGCAGGCAGCGCAGAGCCUGGUAAUUGUAUUGCUCCCUCCAAGCGGAAGGAAGGACCGAGAGAGAGAGGAAGACCAGAGAAAUAAGAGGAGAGAGAGGAGAGAUAUAAAAACUUUGAUUUUCUUUUUUUAACAUUUGCUCGCUUUUUUUUUUCCUGGAGGAGGUUGACCUGACAAUGACCCGGUAUCGUCGAUGGAUUUGGUAGGACACCCGUUAUCCGAGUGUUUUUUAAUGCACUCUGAACAAGAGUAGAAUGAACUUAUCGAAGGGGCCAUUGGUGAACAGCAGCAGUGACGACAUCUCCAAGUCAACUUUCGGUAAAUGCGGCGCUGGCGCCUGGAGGAUGCACCAGAGCUACGAUCCAGUGGAGGUCAACCACAUGAGAGACGCACAUGCCCUCUACAACCCCAGGCUUCUCUGCAGAAUGUCCAGUAAGGAGCGGCACCUUGAGUCCAACUGUCCGUCCUCUUAUAUAAAGACUGAGCCCUCUAGUCCUGCGUCCCUGACUGACAGUCUAAACCAUCACUCCCCCGGCGGCUCCAGUGACGCCUCAGGCUCAUAUUCGUCCACGAUGAACGGUCACCCCAACGGCUUAGACUCCCCGAGCCUCUACGGCUCCAACGCAGGGCCCCUGGGUCCUGCCGGCGGCCCCGGAUCGAAACGUUACGAGGACUGUUCGUCAACGAUUGGGGAAGAUUCGCAGAUCAAGUGCGAGUAUAUGCUGAAUUCCAUCCCCAAGAGGCUGUGUCUGGUGUGCGGGGACAUUGCGUCAGGGUACCACUAUGGAGUGGCGUCCUGUGAGGCCUGCAAGGCCUUCUUCAAACGUACCAUCCAAGGCAACAUCGAGUACAGCUGUCCAGCUACCAACGAGUGCGAGAUCACCAAGAGGAGACGCAAGUCGUGCCAGGCCUGCCGCUUCAUGAAGUGUCUGAAUGUGGGCAUGCUGAGGGAGGGUAAGGGAAAAGGUGUUCGUCUGGACAGGGUUCGUGGUGGGAGACAGAAGUAUAAGCGCCGGAUAGAUGCGGACAACAGUCCAUACCUGAAUCCACAACUGGCUCUACCCCCCAAGAAGCCAUUUGCCUUUGGCUGCCUUGCAGAUAACAAAAUCGUCUCUCACCUGCUGGUGGCCGAGCCGGAGAAGAUUUACGCCAUGCCUGACCCCACCAUGCCCGACAGCGACAUCAAGGCCCUGACUACGCUUUGUGACCUGGCCGACAGAGAGCUGGUGGUCAACAUCGGUUGGGCCAAACACAUCCCAGGUUUCUCCACACUGUCUUUGGCCGACCAGAUGAGUCUACUGCAGAGUGCGUGGAUGGAGAUCUUGAUCCUGCGCGUUGUGUACCGCUCGCUCUCCUUUGAGGACAAGUUGGUGUACGCUGAGGACUACAUCAUGGACGAGGACCAGUCGAAGCUGGCCGGACUCCUGGACCUGAACAACGCCAUCCUUCAGCUGGUCAAGAAAUACAAGUCUAUGAAACUGGAGAAGGAGGAAUUCGUCACUCUCAAGGCCAUUGCUUUGGCUAACUCAGACUCCAUGCACAUUGAAGACGUGGACGCAGUGCAGAAGCUCCAGGAUGUGCUCCACGAGGCCCUGCAGGACUACGAGGCUUCCCAGCACCAGGAGGACCCCCGCCGAGCGGGCAAGCUGCUCAUGACCCUCCCCCUGCUCCGCCAGACCUCCACCAAGGCUGUGCAGCACUUCUACAGCAUCAAGCAGGACGGCAAAGUCCCAAUGCACAAACUCUUCUUGGAGCUGCUGGAAGCCAAGGUCUGAGGACAGGGAAAUAGAUGGAGGACAAGCCAGACACCAGUCUGAACCACCUGAGCUUCACCUCAAAGUCUAAACGGCAACGUUGAAUGACCUCUUUUUCUUUUACACACACUCUUACCCACACACACACACACACACCCUCACAGAAAUAUGUCCCUGAAAUACGUCCUUCUGAUGCAUCCCCCUUUGAAUAGACAAGUAAACUCAACCUCUUACCUGAACCCCUGAAACUCCACCGUCUAUGAGAAAAGGACGCUCACUUGACAUUCUGUUGUGGGGACGAUGCUGACAGACUGACAUGGCCACCCCACCCCCCCUGCAGUAUUACUAAGGAGGAUUUCCUUUUAAGACUAUUAACAGUCACAUAACAGUUUCCACGGUGACUCAGAAAACUGACGACAGCAAGGCGGUCUCUUAUGCAUCUAAUAACGAUGAAGACGUUAUUAAUGACAGAAGCUAAAACGAGGAUACGUUUAAAAGAAACUAAAAACUCUUCAAUUUAGCUCUGAGAGACUCUUAAGACUGCACUCGUGUCCCCCUGCCCCGCCCUGUUUCCCCCUUCAGAGUUUUUUUUAAGUGUUCACGAAGAAAACAUGUGGGGAAAAAAUGAACACUAAAGAAGUAUUAAUGAUGUUUGUCGUCAAAUUACUUGUACAAUGAAAUUUUGAUGGAUGGACAGAAAGAAGAGGAGAUUUGCCCUGCCAAAGAAUGGAGCUCAUCCAUUCAGAGGAUGCCAGCAAACUUUACUGUCACAACCCAACACUCUGCUUCUGGUUCGAUCUACCGGUGGUGUUCAGUCCUGGGCUGUGAGAGCGCUGCUGGUUUUCUGUUCCACCACUUAUUUCACAUUGUUGUGGUUAAAAUUUAAUAAACCAGCAGGGCUCUGACUUUCAACGACCAGGAUUGUAAACCACAGCUGUAAACACUUUCUGCUUCUCCCAAAAAUUCAGCUCUUGGUUUCCCAUGACUCCCCCUACUUCAACUACAACUUUUGCCGAUUGUUUUUAUUUGUUGAGGACCAGUGACCCUGGCCUCCCCAACAAUAUCAGUGUUUCCACACUUGACGUGGCUAAAAAUGGUUUCAAACAUUCUGAACACUUGAGGAAUGAUCAAUACUCUGUUAAAAAGUAAAAAUACGACUGAACAAGACCAUUACCGUCAAAGAAUGGAUUCCUGCUUGGCUAACAGGCUCAGUUCUCAUUAUCUGUGAUUCUACAUAUUCUGUCAAACGUUCCUCUCGUGUUUGGACGUCUGUUUGGAACGAUUUCAGCUGCUCGGUGGCCCAGGUUCACAGCUCUCCACGUACAAGUUAGUAGAGAUUUCCGUCUGUUAAUAAGAAUUGUGCCAUUAAGGACAGUCCAGAGCAUGCUCAUUACCCAGACGCCAAACUCGAUGGUACUUCCUCUCCUUGCUCCUUUGCGUUCACUACUUCCAGCUCAUCUCUUGUGUCAGAUAAGAGAUAUUUUUCUGAUUCAUUCAGCGAGUGAUUCGGGCGCUUCGGUCACUCAAAGCAAUACAAACCAGAAGGAACGGUGUGCUGACAAAGCUGACUGAAAAACAACUACUGUUGCUUUUAAAUUCCUUAAUUUCUUCUUAUUCUUCAUUUCUAUCUUGAAAAUAAUCUUAGCGAUGAUACCAGUAUUAGGGUUGUAAAUAAUUGUCAUCCUGUAUAUGACAUAUACCACGGCUUUGUUUUUUGUUAUUGAUAUUGUCCUCUUAAAACUGAUUCAAUCAAUAUGUCUUUCCCUUUUUCAGCUUGACCACUUUCAGCCAUUAUCAUAUAUAUAAAUAUAUAUAUAAAUAUAACAAGUAAUGUAUUAACAAAUCAGCGUUUAUCUUAGAAACUCUGAGCAAUAGUGGUUUUUAAAGGAGGGGUUUGUGCAUAUGGACUAAGUCUGCAAUAUUAACAUAAUGUGCCAGUCUUACAUUUGGGAAAGUAGAUGGGGAUUUGAGGAGAGCUGGUAGCGCCUCCUCCUCUCUGUGUAACUUGCCAUAAGCUAUUAGGGAACAGUCAGCGUUGCUUUUGUUAGUCACAGUUAGGAAGUAAAAUGGACCAGGAAUGUCAGGAUGAGAUGUGAACCCUGCACAUGCUGUGUGUGUAGUGGUCAGUUUGAGGGUUGAAGACGUCAUAUAAGCAGCAAGAAACUAAAAUAUACAGUUUGCCAUUAUCACAUGAUUCAAAAGUUUCUUUUUAGUGAGCAGGCAGGUUUGACAGUCUCAUUUGACCUGAUUAGAAAGAAACAGAUAUUUAAAGUCAAUAGUUCAGUAAUACACAGUUUUUGUCGACUUUACGUUCAGGGUUCAAAUUUUCUUCAGCCAUGUGACUGAGUGUGGGGACCAUGAGAAGUACCAGGUUAGAUCUAGACUUGUACUGAGGGAAUUGGUGCUAGCAAACAUCAUCCAGUUUAAUAGGGAAAACAGCUGAAAGGGACAAUUUCAUGUUAGCUCACCACUUUCUGUUGUUUGACAAUUUUAUUUUUAAGUUACCAAACAAAUUAAGCGUUAAAAUUUGAACGUUGGUACCAAAUUACUGAGAGUAAUAGACUAAAUUGCAAAGGGGAAUUCAUUACAUUUUAAAUAAGCUUUAUUAAAUUAGUCUCUGUCUAAAGUGAACAAAUGAGAUAUUGUAGAAUAUAAUUUUUCAAAAUAUGACUGUAAUAAUUUCAGACAAACUCUUAGCUUUGAUUGGCUCAAAAUGUAGAGAACACUAUAAUAACAAAUUAUAUCAAAACUAUUUAAAUUCAAAUGUCUGGAAACAGGAAACGGAAACAAAAGCUAACAGGAAACUGUCUUACAGAGACAUUUAUUUCUUUGUGAUACCAAGUCACUUUUAUAUAUCAUUAUUUAUGUGAUUUUUAAAGCCGAAUAAGAAUGCAUAAAUGUGUAAUCUAAUAUAAAAUGGCAACUUGUCACAGCUGAGGAGUGCUGCAGUUUAAGUGUAGUUGAUCUCUAACAUCACAUGCUCUGUAUCAAACAUCAGUAUUACUAGUAAGGGGUAUUUUCUCAGCCUUCUUAAACAUUGUAUAUUGUAAAUUAUACAGAAUAUAAUUCUAACAUAAGACAUUUUAUUGGAAACAAAAUCGAGAAAAAAAACCGAAAAAAUGUAGUUCAGCCUCGAUGUGUGUUUCAUGUUUGCUGUUUUUUCUAUCAAGGAAAAAAACUGUUUUUUCUUUCUUUUUUUAAAAAGUUUUAUCGUUUUUUUUGUUUUAAAGUCCUGUUUCUGUUCAAUCCCUUCCUCCUCUGUUGGGUCCUCUACGACGAUGCUGUGUGCUUUUUCUUGUGGUGAUUCCCGUUCUUGUGCCGUGUGCUUCUUCUUUAGACAACACAGAGUAGAAUAGAGGCAACGUUGUCCGUCAGUCGGAUCAGUCCGCUGCUGGGGGUCUGGGUACCGGGUUCUCUCACCAUGAACCCAACCAAAUAUAAGGCUCUUCUUCGAGAAAUUUAACUAGACCGCCAGAAUCAAAUGACAGUAUUCAUCUUCACCAAACUAUACAUGAAUAAUUAAAUAUUUAGUAUCUAAAUGAAGGAACACCUUACGACUAUUUAAAAAGGGAUCAUUUGCGUAACUUUCCUAUAGAGCAAACAAUAUACUGUAUAUCUUUAGGUUUAAAUAAAGAUGAGGUGAAAAGGCCAUUUGAGUAAUACAGAACUGUAGGUGACUCUUUUUUGAUAAACUUGCUGUACAUAACUGCCUUCCACACAGCUCUGCUCCAUCAUUAACUUCACUGUUUCAACAGGCAGAAGGAGAAAAUAUGAAGAUAAAAUUGUUAUUUCUUCAAAUAUUUCACUUAUUUCCUGUUUUUCAGCUUUUUUCCAGGAAAACAUUUUGCUUUACAAGGUGAAUCUGGCAGAUGAAGGACGGAAGUAGCUUUGGCGUGGGUUGAAAUGUUAAAGAAAAAGCUCUACAUUUUUAAUUUUCACUCCCUGUCCCUCAUUAGAGUGGCGGACAUGUUUCGGCAAUCUUCCAUAAAUUAAACCGCAAAACUCAGAUUCAAACUCAAAUUUUCCCACAACCUUUGAUAAACAUGUUAUUAUACUCAUUAUGAAUCUAAACAAAUUCAUAAAGUCACUCCAUUGCAACAACACAAAUUCAAAGAUUCUAAGGUUACUCAAAGGUCUUACACAAUAAUUUGUGUAAAUAAGCAGAAAGCAUAUUUCACAUGUGCAUUUAAAAUUGGACUCUUCAAACACUCUAAUUGUCAGAAAGAUGGUAUUUCUUACAACUACAUGAAUCUACAUAUACUUAAAGGUGUUCUUCUCUUACCAGUGUUUCCUUCUGUUAUUUAUUUAUUUGUCAGUUGUCCAACUGUGCACUUCUGAACAAUUCAACACGAUGAAAGAUGUCACACGUCUCCCUGAGGUGAUUAAGGCUGAACUUUAAUGUCUGAUAUUAGGAAACACUGAUCUGUAGAAGUUUUCCUGAUGUACUUUAAGUCAAUCAAACAAAACUUGCUAAUUAGCUCUUUGAUAAAUUCUGCCAUGUUUGAAAUAUUAGCAGGAAUUAUUUCACCAGCUAACACCAAGAGUGAGAGUGUGCGUUUCUUUCAGAAGUGUUGAUAUAACUUGCUGCUCAUAGCCAAGAUAUUAUUUAGAUGUACAGGCCGGAGGUGUUUUUCUUUUCUUUCUCUUUUCUUGUUAUAAGCAAUAUUUCAAUGACUGUACAAUGAGGAGGCAAGAGUUGCACUUGUUUGUGUUGGGUUAUAGAUCCAAAUGCUUUUGUAUCUACCAGAGUUAUUCUGCUGUUAGUGUUAAAUCCAUAUAAAUAACAACAAACCAAACUGGUAUUUUCUAUGAGGAGCAGUGGAAGAAGGACUGUCUGGGUUUUUGCAGAGUCACUGAUAGAAAGAGUUUGACCUGGUUGCUCUUUGGGCGCCAUGUUAUCGCUCACACCUGAACUUAGAUUCAUUAGCUGCAAACGCUCUAUGUAACAAUAGUUUAGCUGGAACAGGAGGAGUUAUUUAGCCAUAGCGACAAAGCAGGAUUGUCCAUCUUCCAUGGCUGCCCCCUGAAAACUGCUUAGGCCAAACUGUGUCUAUCUACAGCUCUACAGUGUUAAGUCAUUAAGUUGUAUUUAAUCCCCAAAUGUAACUGCCACUUGUGCUGCGGCUAACCCUGCAGUCUGAAUUUUGAAAAUAUGCAGAAAAUAUUUAAGGGAGAGGGAAAGUUGACACAAUUGGAUGAAAAGGAUAUUUGAAGAUUGAAAAAAAUGACCUUUGCAUAGAGGAAAAGAGUUGUGGAUGGAAGAAGAAGACCCUGUAGUGUUAUUAAAAAUGUCCGUAGAUUUUAGAUGUGCUUCACAUCAGUAAAUUAAAAAAAACUAAAAAACAAUUACUUGUAUAUUUUUGUGAUGUGUAUCAUACAAGUGUGCUCCAACAAUAAUGUCCAUUUGUGUAAAUGUAUUUAUUUCACAUUGUAUAUAUUGUUCAAUGCAAAAAGAGAGACCUAUGAUUCUGUAACUUAAACUACUAUGAGUUCAAACAUUACGUGUUACUCCAGACUAUGCCUUUCAGGAUUAUUACAGUAGAGCAAUAUCAAUUAAAACCAGGCUUCCAGUUUUGAAA